AUAAUGUUUUCAUGUUAUUGUUUCGAUAAGUUUAGUUGAUUCGAGAAUCAAGUUCGUAUUCGCAGUUUCGCUGUUUGCACUGGCAGUGUUCAUUUGAAAUCUUGCCGAACUAGUAUUCUUUGUUUGAAUAUUUUCAUUUGUACGUAAACUAUAUUAUAUUUAUAAAAUGAAGGCGAAAUCAGGUCUUACAAGGUUUCACGAUUGUUACAUUCUUCGUAAUAGUAAAAUAAUAAAAGAAGACUUAUGGAUAAGAGAUGGAAAAAUUGUUAACCCUGAACAGGUAUUUUAUGUGGAACAAGUUGAAGCAGAUGUAACGGUGAAUUGCGAAAAUUCACUUAUUGCACCCGGAUUUAUAGACAUUCAAAACAAUGGUGGAUGGGGUGUUGACUUUUCUUACGACUCUGAAAAUGUUGAAGAAGGUGUCCAAAAAGUAGCAAAAGCAUUGCUAGCCCAUGGUGUGACAUCAUUCUGCCCAACAAUGGUCACUUCAGACAAGGAAAAAUAUUCGAAAAUUCUGCCUAGAAUACAAAAACAUCAAGGAAGUCAACUUGGAGCAAGUAUUCUAGGUGUACAUCUUGAAGGACCAUUCAUUAGCUUAGCCAAGAAAGGUGCCCAUAAGGAUGAAUAUAUUCAAAACCCUGAAAAGGGAUUAGAAUCAAUUCAUGAGGUAUAUGGAUCUCUCGAUAAUGUUAUAAUUGUAACAUUAGCACCGGAACUACCUGGUGCAUUAGAAGCAAUCAAAGGAUUAACAAGUCUUGGAAUAAAAGUUGCUCUUGGGCAUUCAUCUGCUAGUCUCGCGCAAGGAGAGGAGGGCAUUAAAUGUGGUGCUAAUUUAAUUACUCACCUCUUUAAUGCUAUGUUACCUUUUCACCACCGUGAUCCCGGCUUGGUGGGAUUACUCGCAUCAACAACGGAAAAACAAGUUUAUUAUGGAAUAAUAUCUGAUGGAAUACACACUCAUCCUGCUGCCCUUAGAAUAGCGUGUAGAACUAAUCCUGAUGGAUUAAUAUUGGUGAGUGACGCCGUCGCAGCUCAAGGCUUGGCGGACGGAAACUACCGGAUCGGUCCGCAAUCAGUAAAUGUUGAAAAUGGUCGUGCGUACAUUACUGGUACCAAAGUCCUCUGUGGUAGCACCACCGCGCUAGACGAAUGUGUUAAAACUUUGAAGGAAGCUACAGAUUGCUCAUUAGAAUAUGCUUUAGAAACUGCAUCUCUCCAUCCGGCUAAGGCUCUAGGUAUUGAUCAUAUAAAAGGAAAGUUAAAUUUUGGACAUGAUGCAGACUUUGUUAUAAUACAUCCAAAAUCGAUGAAAGUCCUAUCUACUUGGAUCGCAGGGGAAUGUGUUUACAAAAGUUCCUAAUAUGCUACAAAUAAUAGCUUUAAGUUACCUUAUGUGAUAUAUACAUUUCUAUAUACAAAACUAAUGUAAUGCACAAAGUGCUUCUUACUUACUUUAUUGACACAAAUAUAUUGAAAUAAAAUCUUUGUUUACAUUA